AUGCUUCCUCUGAUGUUCCCACAGGAACGGGCCCUUCGCCUCAGCGACGAUUGGACGGGCAUCACCGAUCCCGCCCUUCGCAAGAAGCUGCAGAACAGAAUAAAUCAACGUGCUUUGCGAGCCCGAAAACGCGAUAAGAAAAGGGCUCUCAUCGCACAGCAGCAGGCCAAAAAUGAUGAAAAACGACACUAUGCAUUGAUUCUCCCACGGCCAGAUCCAGAUCCAGCAUACCAAGGUCCGCGGAAACGGCUGCUUCCGCAGCCAGUAUCGCUGUCGGAGGGUAUAGCCAUGAUGACGAGUUUCCACGCCGCAGCCUACAAACGGCACUACGCGGCGGAUCCGUGUCUGGAUCAUUUAUUAACCUUGUCCAAGUUGAAUGUUCUGCGUGCGUUUGUGGAUAUUAUGGGCGUGCUGGGGUUGAGUAUGCAGGCAAUGGAGGACGAUGAGGCUGUCUCUCUGUAUACUAACCAGAAUCUGCUGCAGCAGGAUGGAGGGACAAAUGUUCCGCCAAGUCUUUUGCCCACCACUACUCAAUGCUCCAUCCCUCAUCAUCCCUGGCUUGACUGUUUCCCGUUCCCGCAGAUGCGUGAUAAUCUAAUCACUGCGCCGGAGGGAUUCAAUGACUGCGAGCUCUGCAUGGAUAUGAUGGAUCCUGCUAAUGGGGACAUUGGCAUUAUGGUGUGGGAUGAUCCUUGGUUUCCGCAAAGCUGGGAAGUGUCCGAGUUGUUUGUUCAGAAGUGGGCGUGGGUUAUUAAAGGAUGCGAGGAAGUUUUGAUAUCUAGUAAUUACUGGAGAGCCAGACGAGGACUGGACGAGCUCAAUGUGAGCGCUCUAUAA